AUGAAGCGUCACCUACGCCGUCGAGUCGGUCGGACCGUCGCCUUCGUUGUUGCCUGUUGUCUUAUCGGCUCUUGGAUAGGAUGUCAAUUAGGCAUCAGUCGCAGUAGUUAUUCCCUGACGCGCAAACGCACUCCAAGAGCACUUUGGCCUGGGGCUGGGCACGAAACCCAGCUGCCUCGGGUGGCGCUCCUCAGCACGACAACGGCAGCGUAUGCCCGACGGUUUGCGUACGCGGUUCAGAACAAAGUUCUCUACGCCAAGAAAUGGUCAGCGACAGUCGAUUUUCUACUCGAUUCCUAUCCGUAUCACUGGUUGAAGGUCGCUGCGACACCCGAGCGACACGCCGAACCAGGACAACCUCUACCACCGCACUACAAUCGCCUCUUCGCACUUGAGCGUCUACUGAAGCAAGACGCUCCGUACGACUGGUUCAUGUACGUUGAUGUGGAUGCAGUGAUCACGAACUUUUCGAUUCCGGUCCAGACGUUCUUGCAAGGAAUCAGUCCAGAGCACUACGUGGUCGUUCACGAUGGACCCGAGAUUAACUCGGGAGCGUUUCUCCUCCGUAAUACACCGGAAUCCUUGCAAUUUGUGCGGAACUGGAUCGCACUGGGCACCCAGUGGCCGCAAGCGAGUCUAGACCAGACCGCUCUGUGGCACCUUCUGUAUCUGCAUGCCGCGUUCCCGAGUGCUCCACCAGAGUUGCUCCUGCGUUACGCCCAUACCUACCCCUGUCGAGCGUCGGUGCUUUUCCCCGUUCAUUUCGUGGGCAGUCCAGCGCUACAACGGGCGCCGGCUGCCAUGUUGCGGCACAUCGAAGGAUGUUGGCGAUACCAUAUGGCUCGCCUCGGUUAUGGGUACGGUCAACGCAACCGCCAGCAGCAGCAGCAGCAGCAGGCGGUGUAUUACCGCCACGAAGCACCUGGUUUCAACUUUUAUGCUAGCGUCGGCCGACCAGAGAACUGUGCGCUGCGGCACGCGAGUCAGCUGUGGCGACCCGGAGACUGGCUCAUCCAGGACAGCGGGUACGGCCUCGAAGACUCGUACGAAACAGUGAACGAGACGGUGCUGGUGCGCUGCAUCAGGCCACCGUGUUCGACGGAGAUCUGGAAGGACGAAGCAAAACCCGGUAUGAUCGCUUCGUGGGAUCGACAGGCGCUGCUUCUCUAUCCACAAAACAGGUGGCAUCGGCGUGGUCCCGAUGAUUCGGAGCCUUUUGCUGCUCCGUAG